AUGAAUUGUUUGUUCGUCGGUUUUGAUUUCAAUUAUUAUCAUUUUGAUGCUGAAAUUUUUGAAAAUAAGGUUUUGAUUGGAGCAAUCAGUUGUGAUGGUGUAUUUGAUACUAAAUUAUUAGAUUAUGGUUCAGAAAAAAGUAUUGGUGGUGCUUUAGAUGAUUUAUUUUGGGCUCAAUUUAAAACAUUUUGUAUAAAAUUAUUGGAAAAAGUAAAGAUAGUUGGUUCUUUUAAAACAUUCUGGCUAGUUAUGAAUAUAAAUCCUAUGAUUGAAGAUCCAGAAUUUCAUCAAGAACUUAGUAACAGAGGUUUUAAUUGCUUAUGGUUGCCAAGUUUUAUGAAAGAGUUUAAUCCUAUUAAUGAUUUUUGGUCUUUGAUGAAUCGGUAUAGUCUCAGAAAUUCCAAGCUGAAUGAUCCAAAAAUUAUUAUAAUGGAAGUGAUACAAUCUAUACCAAAAGAAGAAGUUUUAGGUAAAAUCAAGAAUGUUGAGAUGGACCUUUUUAGUCAUUUGGAUCCUGAUAUUUAA